AUGGUGCCUCCGCCCUACGUGGCGGAACCAGGCCAUUGGUUCCUUCGAGGAGUUCAGUCCGCCAUUUUUUACUACGUCUCAUUUACACCAUGCCUCGAAUACCAACACAAGCGCAAGCGACGGAAAGAAGCCCAAGCGCACUCCGAGAUCAUCAACACCCAACCUGGCCUGGUCCGACAACCAGGACCAUUUCAAACAAAUGAGGAAUGGGCCGAAGAGUUAAUGCUUGGUCCUGGUCCACCAAGAGGCUGGAAGGCAGACGAGCUCCUACAGAAAUUGAAGAAGAGCGAUACUGCCGACUCAUUCGACAAACCGCAGACACCUGUGACGCCCGAGUUGCCCGAACUGCACCUCAGGACCACGACGUCAUCGCAGCAACCAUCUCUACCACAAACCCAACCUUCGACACGUCCCUCCUCCACCGAAACCGAAGAUUUUAUACUGGACCAUAGCGAUGACAAGUCCAAUGCAAGCCAGAAGAGGCCGUCUAUGGACAGAAGGCUGUCAAUCGCUAUGGAAAACAUCAAAGACUCAUUGAGAGCAACCCUGAAUCCUGAUACAUGGAAUUGGAAACGAUAUGACCGCGAGGAUGAAGUGCUGUGGGGUUUUGGUGAACGAAUGACCCGGAUGUGGAACCGAGCACUCAGGCCUGAGUCCGGAGACGACCAGGAAAAUGAGGCGUCGGAAGACUCUCCUCGCCGUAGGAAACGAGCACUCACGAACGAGAGCGAUCGGUACGACUACCAUCGGGCAAGAAAUCCAGCACUCAAUGAACUGCAUCCACCCGUCGUCUCCCAAUUACCAGCCACGCGAGACCAGGCCGCUUGGAUGAUGCUUCCACCACCUAGCGCGGCAGUCAUGGCCGGGAAGAAACGACCGGGCACGGAGAUAGAGAUGCGAUGGCCACUAGCGGUCAUUGGGAAACCUCUAAAGUCGUCAGAAUCACCUAGAUCUGUACUAGCGACAACAUAUUCUCGAGAGGCAUUGGAUUCCGAGGACGAUGCGGGCUUGAGCGAUAUAGAUCUCGAUAACACAUCGAUAAUCGAUUUCUUCGGGUCUGGGUCGACACCACAGCAAGGGUGUUCCACCAAAGUCAAGCACAUGUCGGACCCCAUCAUCAGGCCACCAGCGAUCCACGCCAAAGAACCAUUUUAUGACGACGCCAUUGUGCCCAAGAGAAGAGGUUCAUGGCAUAUUCAUUAUUAUUAUCACUCGGAUCAAUAG